AUGAUCUUCGAUUCAGACCACAUAUUUGACACUACGGGGAAAUACUACUUUUGGGACGACCAGGACCAAGCUUCCCUCGCGGGCCGAGCUCUUUCGCAGCUCUCAUGGACUGUCAUAGUGAGGGCGGCCAAGGUCCUGGAAGCUAGUAUGCGCGCUGUUCUCCCGCCUUCGAGAAUUUCCUCCUUCUUGCGUGAGCAUGUGCUGCUAGAAGAAGGUGAGCGACCCGUUGUGUCUAGACGGUUCACAAUCGUCGAAGGGUCUUUGCUGCUCGCUCGCAAAGAUGAGGAUGUGUUCGGCUGGGCACCCCGGGGAAGCGACAGCGACUCGCUACGGAACUUGAGAUGCAUACAAGACCACCUCGACGUGUGUCUGUAUUUGAAACUGCCCCGUACGGCAUCAUAUAAUAAUCGCUUCCUAGACCCAAAGUACAAAGAAGCGGUAUGGGGCUUUGGCGGAACCGGGGAGUACUGGCGGAGCCGUGCGUAUUUUUGGAAUGUUGCUUGGCCGCAGCAUAAGACGUACCACGAACAUAUCGACAAGCGAUUGGCUUCGAUUAAUUCCAAAGGGACUUUGAAGGGCAUGGACGUGCGACCGGAAGACGUGGUAUCCCUCGAAGACACACUGAUGUGGGCUUCCGAGAUUGUUGGUACCAAAUUAGGGAGGAGGUUGCUCCUGGAUUAUUACAUAGAGAAGGGGGGCAUCGUAUGA